AUGCGCGAACGCCUCGGCUUCCACUUAAAACAGCCCUCAAUAGAGGACGAGUCGCCGAGACUGGGAACAUUUAUCUUAAACUGGCUAAAUUCUUUCUUUUCGGAUACGAACCCGACCGCGAGUUGCAGCUAUGGUCAAUUCCAGGGGACAUACAACACGACUCGUCUUGGUCGUACUUUCGAGUCCUACCGCGGGAUACCAUAUGCUGAAGCACCAGUUGGCUCUAUGAGGUUUCAACCACCGAAACUAAUUCAAUACUAUAGAGGAAUGGUGAAUGCGACCAAAGAUGGCAAGAUAUGUCCGCAAUUAUCGAGCGAAAACAACACCUUUGCUUUUGACGAUAUGGACGAAGAUUGCUUAUUUGUCAAUGUUUAUACUCCGCAACGGAGUGACAGGAAAAGACUUUUACCAGUGUUUGUUUACAUUCACCAAAGCGCUUUCUACUUCAAAAACUCACGUAGUGACUUAUAUGGACCCGACUAUCUUCUAGACCGCGAUAUUGUCUUUGUUACGUUCAACUACAGACUUGGAACUCUAGGUUACCUGAGUACUGGAGAUGAACUAGCUCCAGGUAACAAUGGAUUUAAAGACAUGGUUACAUUACUCAAGUGGGUGAAAAGGUACAUAGUUGCCUUUGGAGGAAACCCUGGUAGUGUGACAGUCGGAGGAUAUAGUUCAGGAGCUAUCAGCAUCGUCUCACUCAUGGUGUCGCCGAUGGCAAAAGGACUAUUUCAUCGGGCCAUAGCAAUGGGUGGAUCAUCAACGAGAAACAACGAGACCAAAACGGACUUGUAUGACUUAGCCGUGAAACAAGCGGAAAUCUUCAACUGUCCAACAGAAAACUCAAAAGUAAUAGUGGAAUGCUUGAAGGAAAAACCUUGGAUUGACUAUGCAAAAACGUUUUCACAAUUUUGGGCAUUCACAAACAAUCCGAGUCAUCUAUGGGAGCCGAUAGUUGAGAAGGAUUUUGGACAAGAACGGUUUCUAACCAUGAACACAAUAGAAUCAAUCAGGCAAGGGAAGAUGAUGAAUAUACCUCUGAUCAUCGGUCAGGGUACAGCAGAAGAAUAUCCUUUCGCAUAUCCAAUUUUAAACAAUGAAACACUUCUCAAAAUGGCUAAUGAGCGGUGGGACGAAUUUGCUUCUAUAGCAUUUUUCCUACCAGAACAAAAUAGGAUGAAGGCCUUAGAGGUUUUACGCACUUAUUACAUUAAGAAUGAGAUAUUAAACAAUGAUGAUGAGAGUGCUGAUAGACUGGGAACAAUCUACGGCGAUGACAGUACUGCUUUUCCAGUGGAGAGGUUGUCUAAAUUAUUGUCGAUUCAUUCCCGAAAACCAGUUUACUACUAUUACUUCACCUAUGUCGGCAACCACAGCUAUACUGAAGAAUAA